AUGGCAACUCCAGUUCCCCAGGCCCCCGUGGCCGUCCCUCUUCCCCCUACUCCUUCCAGCGACUUCAUGACCGAGGCCCAAUGGGACAUCCUAUGGGCACUCUUGGACGGUGCAAUGCCGUCCUACGUCCCGGCAUCUGCAGUCACGGACAAGGAGACUCAGGUUGCCAUCCCGGACGCCGAGUUCGAUGGCAUCGUCGAUGGCAUCACCAACUCGCUCGACGGCGCCCCGGGCAAAGAGGAAAUUGCAGAGUUUCUCGCCUUCCGGCCGGUCGACCAUCCGCCGUUCCGGGACGACUGCAUACGCAACUUGGCUGCGUCACCGGCAAAAGAAAAGCUUGCAAAGGCCAUUGGGUUAUUAGGGACUCGCGCUGGAAGUCUCUUGUUGACUGGUCACUGGAGCCCCAUCACCCAGCAGCCCUCCAGUGUGCGAGAGGCCAUCCUCAAGUCUUGGACAACCGCGAGGCUUCAGUCGCUCAGGGGGUUGGCAAAGGCCCUCGCCGCCCUGGCCAACAAGGCAAACGGCACAACAAACCCCUACUUCAAGAAGCUCUCCGGCUACUCAGACGCCCCAGCGGACUGGAAACCCGUGCAGGGAUUCGACUUCAACUUCAUCCAGCUGCAGCCCGGAGACGACGUGCACGAAAUCACCACCGACGUCGUCAUCGUCGGCUCCGGCCCAGGAGGAGGUGUCUGCGCAAAGAACCUAGCCGAGGCAGGGCACAAGGUCCUCGUCGUCGACAAGGGCUAUCAUUUCCCUCCCUCCCUCCUCCCCAUGCCGCAAAUGGCCGCCCUCAACCACCUCUACGACCACGGCGGCGCCUACGUCAGCGAAGACGCGAGCACCGCAAUCACGGCCGCCAGCUGCUGGGGCGGCGGCGGCACCAUCAACUGGAGCGUGUGCUUCAAGCUCCAAGACUUUGUCCGCAAGGAAUGGGCCGACGAGGGCCUUGCGCUCUUCACGUCCCCCGAGUUCGACGAGUGUAUGGACCGGGUCUGGGACUUCAUCGGCGCGGGAACGGACGCUAUCCGCCACAACUUCCGCAACAGCAUACUGCUCGAUGGAUGUAACAAGCUGGGCUGGCACGGAGGCGCUGCUCCUCAGAAUACGGCCAAUAAGGAGCACUAUUGUGGCCAUUGCCAUCUGGGCUGCGGAUUGGGAGAGAAGAGGGGGCCAACGGUCGCCUGGCUGCCCGCUGCGGCUGACGCAGGCGCCGAGUUCAUGGAGGGCUUCGCCGUCGACAAGGUGCUGUUUGACGAAGACGGCACGACAGCGACUGGCGUUGAAGGUUUGUGGGUAGCGAGAGAUGCCGACGGUGGCGUCGACAAGGACGUUGGACAGCGUACGCAGCGAAAGGUUGUCAUCAAGGCAAAGAAGGUCAUUGUGUCCGCCGGCACGUUCUGGAGCCCCGUCAUUUUGAUGAAGAGCGGCAUCCAAAAUCCGCAAAUCGGACAGAAUCUUCAUCUACAUCCAGUCAACUGCUUGAUAGCAGUGCAUAGGGAAGAAACUCGACCAUGGGAGGGUGGUAUCAUUACAGCCUGGAGCGGCGAGUUUGAAAACCUCGACGGCAAAGGACACGGAGCAAAGUUGGAACCCUUAUGCAUGGUGCCAUACAUCACGUUUGCACUGCAAUAUUGGAACGGAGGCCUUGACACCAAGCUUCUCACCAUGAGGUAUCGCCAUCUUAGCAGCUUCAUCUCGCUUGCCCGUGACCGAGACUCGGGCCGCGUAUUUGUCGACCCUGAGACCGGGGGCCCGCGCAUUGAAUACACGACUUCUGAUUUCGACCGCGAGAACAACCUGGAGGGGAUCAUUGGCCUAGCCAAGAUUGCCUAUGUCGGUGGCGCAACGGAGAUUCGAGUGCAUUACCCCGGCGUGCCGCCGUUCCUGCCCAAUGCCGCGGAGCAGGAGAAGCACGUCCAAGACAAAGAUCCCGAGUUCACAGACGCUGCUUUCGGCAAGUGGCUACAGCAACUCCGCACUUUGAGUAACAAGCCUCCCCUGACUGCCUUUGGUUCAGCGCACCAGAUGGGAACGUGCCGGAUGAGCGCCACCCAGGAAUCGGGCGUGGUGGACGCCAAGGGAAGCGUCUGGGGGACCAAGAACUUGUACGUUGCAGACUCUAGCGUGUUCCCGAGCGCGAGCGGCGUCAACCCCAUGGUGACCGUCAUGUCCAUUGCCGACUGGAUUUCGCGGGGUGUCUCUAAGGAGCUGUAG